GAGUGGGGCGUGGUUUAGGACCCGGGGACGGGCCUCCAGGCCGGGGCGCAACUCCGGAGUUGGGCAGCGGGACCGCCGCCUGGACUGCUAGGCUUCCCAGCGCGCGCCGCCGCUGCUCCGCUCUCCUCUGCACCCGCGGACGCGCCGGCCAUGACGGGCUCACUGUUCAAGACGAACUUCUGGAGUCCAGACAUUCUCAGCACCGUUGGCUAUGACAGCAUCAUCCAGCAUCUGAACAAUGGCCGCAAGAACUGCAAAGAGUUUGAAGACUUUUUAAAAGAAAGAGCAUCAAUUGAAGAGAAAUAUGGCAAAGAUCUGCUCAACCUCUCUAGGAAGAAGCCAUGUGGACAGUCUGAGAUCAAUACCCUGAAGCGGGCCCUUGACGUCUUCAAGCAGCAAGUAGACAAUGUGGCACAAUGUCAUAUUCAGCUUGCACAGACUCUAAGAGAAGAGGCCAGGAAGAUAGAAGAAUUCAGGGAAAAGCAAAAGCUACAACGGAAAAAGACAGAGCUUGUAAUGGAUGCUGUCCAUAAACAAAAGAGCUUACAAUUCAAGAAAACCAUGGAUGCAAAGAAGAACUAUGAGCAGAAAUGCCGAGACAAAGAUGAUGCAGAGCAGGCUGUCCACCGAAGUGCCAACGUGGUAAACUCAAAGCAACAAGAAAAGCUUUUUGUGAAACUGGCAACUUCCAAGACAGCAGCAGAAGACUCGGACAAGGCUUACAUACAGCACAUCAAUACGCUGGAUAAGAUCCGAGAAGAGUGGCAGAGCGAGCACAUCAAGGCCUGCGAGGUGUUUGAGGCUCAAGAAUAUGCACGAAUAAACUUCUUUCGGAAUGCCUUGUGGUUACACGUGAAUCAGCUGUCGAAACAAUGUGUCACAAGCGAUGACAUGUAUGAACAAGUCCGUAAGAGUUUAGAAAUGUGCAGCAUUGAGAAGGACAUUGAGUACUUUGUGAAUCAACGAAAAACUGGACAGACUCCACCAGCACCCAUCAUGUAUGAGAAUUUCUACUGCCCCCAGAAGAAUGCAGCCCCACCUGGAAAGGCUACAGGGACUAACUUGGCAAGGAGGGGACCUCUCCCAGUUCCUAAAGGUUUACCAGAUGACCCAGAUUAUUCUUUGGUUGAUAACUACAGUUUGAUCUACCAGUAACAUCAGUG